AAUAACCAAACAAUAAAACCUAGUGGCGAAUAUACUCGUAAAUGAAUCAAAGAUACCAUCUGAAGUGUUUCCGUGUACUCGUAUUUAAUCGCUGUGGCCGAGCUGAGAAUUUUUUUUCCUUUAGUCAACUCUUAAUGGGUUAUUGAUACGAGUUUGCCGGUUGAGAACACGACUGAAUUGUAGUUGAUAAUCCAAGUGAUGCAACAAUGAUCGGCUCGCUCUUAUACCACAAUACAUGGUGCUUUCUAUCAUUAGUACGAUCACAUUAUGUAUGUUUCCAGACCUACCCUAUGACCUUAUUGUUGCUGCAUUCCUUAUGUCUAGUUUUACUUGCAAAUUAUUCAGACAUCUGUUGGCAUAUAUCAUGCCCGUAUCUUAUAUAUCUUCACACAAAUCAACAGAAGAUAAUUUCGUUUGAGGCAAUGUAAAUAUUUACAUUCUUCUUAAGGGGUCUUCCCAUCUGCACGGUACAUAAUUUUUGGUGAAUAAAAGUAAAUCUCGAGAUCUAUUGAGGACAAGCCCGGAGAGCAAUUAAGACUUAUGGCUUGUUUCACACUUUUCCCUUGACUACUACCCUGUGCUGGGUCGGCGGCCACUUUUCCAUUGAAAACAGACGAGCUUUGUUUUGUUUUUCCUCAUUUGCAUGCGGUAAUGAUAAUGAAAAUAUUAUUAUAAUAUAAUAAAAGACAAAGCAUUCAGUCGGAGUCGUUAAUUAAUGGCAUCAGCACGCACUAUCAGAACAUUGUUAAACGGCCAUAAAACGUAAAUUGAAUAAAAAAAGGUCCUAGAAAUAAUCAUGCAAAUGACAAACCAAACAAAUCCCACAGUUAAUUUAUAUAAUGGGGCAAUCGGUAGAUUACUUUGCCAGACGACGAUCCGCUCCGACAUGGUUUACUUCGUAAACGGGGAGAGGACACCUCUGCUACUCCGGGUGGUGCCAAAUCAUCUCCACACAUUAGCCUCAAGUGGAUUUGGAGCACGCCACUGGCAGGCAAUCCUCUUGUUCGUCGGCAUGAUGAUCAACUACUUUCAGCGCGUCGACAUCUCGGCCGCCAUCGUACCGAUGACUCAAUCCACUGCCGGGGCUCCCUACUACAGCUGGGAUUUGUCGGAUAAAUCUCUGAUACUGAGCAGCUUCUUCUGGGGCUAUGUCGUCUCGCAGGUUCCCUCAGGUUUGUUGGCCAAACGUUUCGGGGCAAAAAUAGUUCUGGGAUCGGCCACCGCCAUCGGCGGAGUCUUGUCGUUUUUCCAUCCCAUGGCGGCGGCCAAUGGCUGGGAGAGUGUCUGCGUAUUGCGGGUCCUCACCGGUCUAGUUCAAGGCACUGUCUACCCCUGUGUACACACCUUGUUGGCCAAAUGGGUGCCGCGCACGGAGCGGGGCUUCCUUACCACCGGCAUCUAUUCGGGCGCCCAGUUCGGGACGGCUGUUAUUCUGGUCACGAGUGGAUUCAUUUUCGAGUCGAGCAUGGGCUGGCCCGGACUGUUCUACUUGUCUGGAGGCCUUAGCUUGGGCUGGGCGUUGCUCUUUUUCUGGCAGGCUGCCGACGAGCCAGCCACAUCACGCAACAUCACGAAGGCGGAACGGGAGUACAUCGAGAGCCUCACAGGCAGCAACAGUAGCAGUCAGUCCAUGCCAGUGCCCUGGAUCUCGAUUUUCAAAUCGCCAGCCUUUUACGGUCUUUUGGCCGCUCACUGCGGCUUCACCUGGGGAUUCUACACGCUGCUAACCGAGAUGCCCUCGUACAUGAGCAAGGUUCUGCAGUUGGAUGUCAAAUCGAAUGCAUUCCUCUCCUCCCUGCCAUACUUUGCCAUGGGAGUGCUCUGCCUGGUGGUCAGCCCCAUAUCGGAUCUGCUCAUCAACCGAGGCGUCAUUUCGACCACGACUGCCCGCAAGCUCUUCAACUCGAUUGGACAGUGGGGACCGAUGGCCUGCUUGAUCGGACUGGGCUACAUGACCGCCGACGAGAAGACCUGGGCCAUUCUACUGCUAACGCUUGCCGUGGGAAUCAAUGCGGGCUGCUCCUGUGGUUACCUCAUUAACCACAUUGAUUUGUCGCCCAACUUUGCUGGUCCUAUGAUGGGCGUAACCAACGGAAUUGCUGGUGUGACAUCUAUUGUCGCGCCGUUGGUGGUCGGCGCCAUUCUCACCGAGGAGGAGGAUCCGAGCCAAUGGCGUACGGUCUUCUUCAUCACCGGGGCAGUUUACUUAGUAUGCAACACCUUGUUUGUGAUUUUUGGCAAGGCCACUGUGCAGUCCUGGAACGAGCCAAAGAACCUGUCCAGCACGAUAGCCUUGCGCAACAACUUUGAGAACGACUCCAAGACCAUUGCCCCCACGACAGACAAGGACAAUCGUUUUUAAAUUGCUGUACCUCGACUCUGUCCACAAUCUCGUUUACACUAUUAUGGCUCUAUGAGUUACUAUAAUAUACAAUUUCUGUAUAGGUAGAUAGUUCGAAACAGGCGUCUACCAAAUCAGCGAUAUUUGAUAUAUGCUUUAGUUAUAAUUAAAGACUUUGGUUUAGGUUUAUGUUAAUACUAAGCUUAAUAUGACUACAAUUUGUGAUAAGCUUAAUAUAAAGCUUACGAUGUGUGGCACGUUUCAUAUGUAUUAUGUCCGGAAUAUGUUUAAAUAUUUGAAUUGUCUUAUCAUCGUCUGUCUCUGCUUGCUCCGAGUAUACCAAUAAAUAUUUACAAUACUAAA